CUUAAAUUCCAAUCGCAAUACGUUAUACAGUUCAAUAUAAUUGCGUAAGAUACAACAGUCACUGGUAACAAAUUUUGCUGUUGAGUAUCACGGCGCGGUCUUCUUAAAUUAGAAAAUGAAACCCAAAACGGAUUUAUUGGCUGAGCCCGCAUGGAAACAAUUGCAACAAUAUUUCGACAGUAAUGGCUCGAAAAUCAAUAUAUAUAAUAUGUUCCAGCAAGAUUCCAAACGUUUCGAAAAACUCAGCUUGGAGUUAUCCACUCCACAAGAUGGACCGAUUUUAUUGGAUUACUCCAAGAAUAAAGUCAAUGAGGAAGUACUGGGAUUACUAUUUAACUUGGCUCGUGCUCGAGAAAUAGAAGCUGCAAGAAAUGCCAUGUUUAAUGGGGAAAAAAUCAAUUUUACAGAGAAUAGAGCAGUUCUGCAUGUUGCUUUGCGUAAUAGAGGUAAUACGCCGAUAUUGGUAGAUGGAAAAGAUGUGAUGCCCGAUGUUAAUGCAGUAUUAGAACAUAUGAAAAGUUUUACAAAUGAAAUAUUGACGAAACAAUGGAAAGGAUUCACUGGUAAACCUAUUGAAGAUGUUGUUAAUAUUGGAAUUGGAGGUUCCGAUCUUGGUCCACUUAUGGUAACUGAAGCUUUAAAAGCAUAUAGCAUUGGGCCUAGAGUUCACUUUGUCAGUAAUAUUGAUGGUACUCAUAUAGCUGAAACUCUUAAGAAGUUAAAUCCAGAGACAACUUUAUUCAUAAUAGCUUCUAAGACGUUUACAACGCAGGAAACUAUAACUAAUGCAACUACUGCCAAGCAAUGGCUCUUGAAAACAUUGAAAGAUGAAGCUGCAGUGGCCCGUCAUUUCGUAGCAUUAUCUACUAAUGAACAAAAGGUUAAAGAAUUUGGCAUUAACGUGAAAAAUAUGUUUGGUUUCUGGGACUGGGUUGGAGGACGUUAUUCGUUGUGGUCAGCUAUUGGCUUAUCAAUUUGUUUGUCAAUUGGUUUUGAUAAUUUUGAAAAGCUUUUAAGUGGAGCUCACUUUAUGGAUCAACAUUUUUGCACUGCGCCAUUAGAACAAAAUGCUCCUGUUAUAUUAGCUUUACUUGGCGUAUGGUAUCAUAAUUUUUAUAAAGCUGAAACACAUGCAUUAUUGCCAUAUGACCAAUAUCUGCAUAGAUUUGCAGCUUACUUUCAGCAGGGUGAUAUGGAAAGUAAUGGAAAAUAUAUUACUCGUUCUGGAAAAACUGUAAAUUACGCCACUGGGCCAAUUGUAUGGGGAGAACCAGGCACUAAUGGACAACAUGCAUUCUAUCAGUUGUUGCACCAAGGUACAAGACUUGUACCAGCAGAUUUUAUAAUUCCUGUUCAAUCUCAAAAUCAGAUUGCUCCGCAUCACACGAUUUUACUUGCUAACUUCUUUGCGCAAACUGAAGCUCUAAUGAAAGGCAAAAAUGAGGAUGAGGCUCGAGCCGAAUUACAAAAAUCAGGAUUGAGUGGUGAACAACUGGCAUCACUAUUACCACAUAAAUUGUUUGAAGGAAACAGACCAACAAACAGCAUUGUAGUAAAGAAACUAACGCCUUUCAUUCUUGGUGCUUUAAUUGCGAUGUAUGAACAUAAAAUCUUUGUACAGGGUAUCAUUUGGGAUAUCAACUCAUAUGAUCAAUGGGGCGUGGAAUUGGGAAAACAGCUAGCUAAAGCCAUUGAACCAGAACUGGCUAGCGCAGAAAAUAUUACAACGCAUGAUUCAUCGACUAAUGGUUUGAUAGCAUUCGCUAAACGUCAUAGAGCCUAAAUGUAUUAUACAGGCUACGUUUUAUGUUACAAGAUGUUUAAAAUAGACAUGCCCAAAUGUAAAUAGCUCUCUGUUCUAAAUGUUAUUAUAUAUAUAUUGAAAUUUAUGUACUUGGUAAUUGAUGAAAAAAGGAAUUGUAUGAAAGGUACUAAUAUAUAACUUAAGAUAUUUUUAAGAUUUUUAAUUUUUUGUGUUAUGGCUAUAUUGGAUUAUGAUCUCCAAAUGAUACAAAGGACAGUUUUCAGCAAGAGACGGGAUAGUAUGUAACACAAAGAAUUAAUUUUCUUAUAUUUCCUUACUUAACAUUGACAAAUAAUAAGGAUGAAAUGAUAUACAUAUACAUUCACUAUGUUACACUGUAUCUUUUUGUAUCUUUUGUUGGAAAACGUCCAGAGUGUGCUUCAAAAUGUACUAAAAAUCUGUAAUUUACAUGAGAGAUUUUCAAUACUAUUAAUACAUUACAGAAUGCACCUUCAAAUUGUGGUGUGGAAUAUUAAUUUAUUUUGACGUAUAAAGAAAAAAGUAUAUAAUUCAUUGUUAUAAUAUUGUAAGGGAAUUGAAGUGGGAUUAGAAAAGUCUAAUGGGU